AAGGAGCAAAGCGGCGGCCAGAGCCAUGUUCCCCCAAAGCCGGCAUCCCACACCGCACCAGGCUGCAGGUCAGCCUUUUAAAUUCACUAUUCCAGAGUCUCUGGAUCGGAUCAAAGAGGAGUUUCAGUUCCUCCAAGCUCAGUAUCACAGCCUUAAAUUGGAAUGUGAGAAACUGGCAAGUGAAAAGACAGAAAUGCAGAGGCACUAUGUGAUGUAUUAUGAAAUGUCCUAUGGAUUAAACAUUGAAAUGCAUAAACAGACAGAAAUCGCCAAGAGAUUGAAUACUAUUUGUGCACAAGUUAUCCCGUUUUUGUCUCAGGAACAUCAGCAGCAAGUGGCCCAAGCAGUAGAACGUGCCAAACAAGUGACCAUGGCUGAACUAAAUGCCAUCAUCGGGGUACGUGGCCUUCCAGGUCUACCUCCUACACAGCAGCAGUUGCAGGCUCAGCAUCUUUCCCAUGGCCAUGGACCUCCAGUGCCUCUUACACCACACCCAUCAGGACUUCAGCCUCCUGGAAUUCCUCCACUUGGAAGCAGUGCUGGCCUUCUUGCCCUCUCUAGUGCUUUGGGUGGGCAGUCUCACUUGGCAAUAAAAGAUGACAAGAAGCAUCAUGAUGCAGAACACCACAGAGACAGAGAGCCGGGCACAAGUAAUUCUCUGUUGGUAUCGGACAGCCUGCGAAACACGGAUAAACGCAGGAAUGGUCCUGAAUAUUCCAAUGACAUCAAAAAAAGAAAGGUGGAUGAUAAGGAUUCCAGCCACUAUGACAGCGAUGGGGACAAGAGUGACGAUAACUUGGUUGUGGAUGUAUCCAAUGAGGAUCCUUCAUCGCCACGGGCAAGUCCGGCACACUCACCACGUGAGAAUGGCAUAGAUAAAAACCGCAUGCUGAAAAAAGAUGCCUCUAGCAGUCCAGCAUCUACAGCCUCCUCAGGAAGUUCCACUUCCUUGAAAUCCAAAGAAAUGAGUUUGCAUGAAAAAGCCAGCACGCCUGUUCUGAAAUCCAGCACACCGACUCCUCGAAGUGAUGUGCCAACUCCGGGCACUAGUGCUACUCCAGGACUUCGUCCAGGCCUUGGCAAACCUCCAACAAUGGACCCUCUAGUUAACCAAGCUGCUGCUGGUUUGAGGACACCCUUGGCGGUAUCAGGACCAUACCCUACUCCAUUUGGAAUGGUACCUCAUGCUGGCAUGAAUGGAGAGUUGACCAGUCCAGGGGCAGCUUAUGCCAGUCUGCACAAUAUGUCCCCGCAGAUGAGUGCUGCUGCAGCUGCAGCCGCCGUGGUUGCCUAUGGACGAUCUCCUAUGGUUGGAUUUGAUCCUCCUCCUCACAUGAGAGUACCUGGAAUCCCUCCAAAUCUAGCAGGAAUCCCUGGGGGGAAACCAGCAUACUCCUUUCACGUUACUGCAGAUGGUCAGAUGCAGCCUGUACCUUUCCCUCCUGAUGCCCUCAUUGGACCAGGAAUCCCUCGCCAUGCUCGUCAGAUCAAUACUCUGAAUCAUGGGGAAGUAGUGUGUGCAGUUACCAUCAGUAACCCCACAAGACACGUGUACACUGGGGGAAAGGGAUGUGUCAAAGUCUGGGAUAUUAGCCAACCUGGCAACAAGAGCCCUGUCUCUCAGCUGGACUGCCUGAACAGAGAUAACUACAUCCGCUCCUGUAAAUUGCUGCCUGAUGGAUGCACCCUCAUAGUUGGUGGGGAAGCCAGCACAUUAUCCAUAUGGGACCUGGCAGCACCAACUCCUCGUAUAAAAGCAGAGCUGACAUCAUCUGCUCCAGCCUGCUACGCUCUGGCUAUCAGCCCCGAUUCCAAGGUCUGCUUUUCCUGCUGUAGUGAUGGGAACAUUGCAGUGUGGGAUCUGCACAAUCAGACGUUGGUCAGGCAAUUCCAGGGCCACACAGAUGGAGCCAGCUGUAUUGACAUUUCUAAUGAUGGUACCAAGCUCUGGACGGGAGGUUUGGACAACACUGUCAGAUCCUGGGACUUGAGAGAAGGGAGACAGCUACAACAGCAUGACUUCACAUCACAGAUCUUUUCCCUUGGAUAUUGCCCUACUGGUGAAUGGCUAGCUGUGGGGAUGGAGAGCAGCAAUGUGGAAGUACUACAUGUAAAUAAACCAGACAAGUAUCAACUACAUCUUCAUGAGAGCUGUGUGUUGUCACUUAAGUUUGCUUACUGUGGUAAAUGGUUUGUGAGUACUGGAAAAGAUAACCUCCUUAAUGCCUGGCGGACCCCCUAUGGAGCCAGUAUAUUCCAGUCCAAAGAGUCCUCAUCAGUGCUUAGUUGUGACAUCUCUGUGGAUGAUAAAUAUAUAGUCACUGGCUCUGGAGACAAGAAAGCUACAGUCUAUGAAGUCAUCUACUGAAAAAUGUGAUGGGGACAUAACUUAUAGAGUUGAACUGGGCCAAAUGUUCUUAAUUUGUAGAAGUAGAGAGGUUUUACCUUUUUAAAAAAGGAACAAAAUAUCAGUUUCCAGACCUUGACAUGAAACAACUCCAAGUAUACAAAAUAAAAUAGAAGGCAACAUCCAGCAACUAGGUAUCAGCUACCUGGACCAAAUGAAACACGGAGGCAAGAUGGACAGAUGUAGCCUAGGUUUUGUGGAUUUAAAAAAACUGAGUCUGCUGAUGAAUGUUGAAGCCUUUUAUUUUUCUUUCUUUCUUUGUGACCUCAUGCAGAUCUUUCUCAUUGCCUGAAUAUGUGGGAUUACCUUUCUUUUCCUUGCAGUUCAACUUGCAUUCUGUCCUGUGUAGAGCGGUGGUGUCUGAGACGAACUUGUUUUCUGGUUUUGCAUCUUGUGAUAUGUUUUUGUAUUUUUGUUGAAGGUCAAAUGUUUGUAUAAAUUGUAAAUAUAUUUGGUUUAUUACAGUAAAGGCUUUAGUACCAACA